AAAAUAAACUGACCGAUGGAGACGUACAUCAUUGGUUUCCAGCUUUGUUUGUAUACAAAUUUGCAAAGAAAUAUUUGCAAAACAACAUUUGAAGCGCACUAAUUAGGAUCUAAAUAUGGGUGUAUACACACAUUUAUUUGGAAAGCUUUGUAAUAAACCUGUAAAAUUGAUGUCAAGAAACCUGAAACAGCAUCUCCUGGCUUAAACUACAAAACUGUAGCAAAGUAUCUUUAGUGGGAAGUUACCGGAUGGAAGUGUUGGGUACAGCUGUUGGAACCAUUACAAAUGACACUUUUAUGGAUGAUCUUGGUACAUCUGGUGCUGAUGGUACACUUAUCCCAGGUCAAAGAGCAUCCUCAGAAUAUGGUUCAUCAUUAAACACUGACAACAAGUCUGAUGGAAGACAUGGGCAUUUUUUGAAAAAGAAGCCUGUUGUUUAUAACAUGACCACAUACCCACCAGAAAACCCACCUCGAAAUAUUGGUCCAAGCUCAAAAAGUCCAGUGAAAAAAGUUCCUGAUGUCUCUGAAUUACCUGUCAACAUAAGCAAGUCAAGGACCAUUAGAUUUCACAAAUUGUUCAAGUCUGCACCAGUUGAUGAAUAUCCAAUUGAAUCCUUCUCAUGUGCCUUUAAAGGAGAUAUACUUCUCCACGGUCAGAUGUAUGUGUCGCACAAGUGGCUGUGUUUUUACUCUAAGAUCAAAGCCAAAGGGCGAUGUAUUGAGAUUCCAUUUGACAAGAUCAUCAGUAUAACCAGGGAGAAGUUGGCACUGAUUAUACCAAAUGCUAUUGGCAUUCAGAUAGCUGAUCACAAGUAUGUUUUUGGAUCUUUUAUAUCAAGAGAUUCAACCUACAAAAAACUGGUCACACUGUGGAAGAUAAAUCAGGACAUGGCUCUAGGUGAUGUGGGGCUUGGUCUCAAUGUUGGUGUGGGUGUGUUGAGCCACUCCAACAGUGCUGACAGCUCAGAAAGUGACACAACAGAGGAUGAUGUUGAUGCUGGAGGUCAGCUUGACCGCGUGCUCUCCGCCCAUCGCAGGAUUGAUGUUGACGUCAUCAAACACACAGAUUCACCUUUGCUGGGCAGACAGCCAGGAAUUCAGCCCUGUUUGAACUGCAGUAGCGCAGUCAAUACUUUUUUUUCUUUCUCUCUAAAACUUCAAAAAAUACCUCGUACCAGCAUGUUGCUUGGGAUUUGUACCAUACUGGUGUUUUUCCUUCUGUUGUCAGCCAUGGGACUAACUUACAAAAUUCUACUGCUGCAGAGUAAACUGGAGAUCAAAAAUGUCUGGUCCCCUCACUCUUCCGUCAAUUUCAGAGACCGAGCUAUGAGCAACUUGUAUUGGCUACAAACAGAAAGCCAUGCAUCAGUUGUGCGACAGCUACACAGUGUUUUAGAGGCCAACAUUCAUCUUUUAGAAGAGGUGAAUGUUUUGCUCAAGAGCCUCCACCGAGAUCCCCAAAAAAGCUCAAACUGUAGCAAGAAUGACAAGUAGCCUCAGCAAGUUUUACCAGUGCUUGAUAUUAUCAGCAAAAUGUUUUGGGCCUUGUUGGAAUAAGUGAAAUACUUGAACACAAUCCUUUUACAUACUUUGUUUUUCCAGCUGUAGAUGGUAUGACAUUUUAUCUUUUUUUUACCAACUUUCAAAUUACAGAGACAGAUGUUUUUUUUUAUAAAGAGAAUCAAAGGCAGUAGCAAUAUGUUUUUGGUAUUUUGUACUUACUUUGAUAUUUACUUAAGGCUUUGAGGGAUAUUGUUUUUUUAACAGGCAAAUGAAAAAGAAGUAUUUGUAUUUUAUUUGAAGAAUUUUAUUCUAUAAAUAAUGAUAUACAGAACUUUGUUAUUCAUCUGAAAUACAUAUUUUAAAAAAUGGGCUAUCACAUGCUAUACCGUUAGUUUUUAGAUUCCCAUUAUCCAUAUAAUCAUCUCUCUUUGUAUGCUUUUGGUAUAGAAUUAUAUUUAGUUUGAUCAUUUUACUAUGGGGCCAAUUAGCACAGAAUUUUAAAACAUUUGGUUUAUCAUUAUCAAUUUUUCUUUCUUAUUUUUAUCAUACACAUUUUAGAGUUACAGCACACAUGAAUAACAGCUACAUUUUUCAGUAUGUUUUAAAUUUUAUUUAUAUAAUAGAUUCUUCUUUAACAAUUU